CUAUCAGAUCUCGUAGUUUACAGCUUACCGUAGUCAAUGUAGUGGUUGGUAUUGAUUAUUGACAUUUGAUCUUAAUCCUUCCGCUGUUUGCGCCGAUUAUUUUGGGUCUUUUUUUUCCCACCUGACUCUCUUUCCUUUUGUGUUAAUUGAGGAGAAUUUGCACGCAUAAACUGGAUCUGACCUUCAAAAUUGAGUCUUGUGGCAUGACUUGCAUCGAUCUGAUUGCUGCGCACUUCUGAUAUUUGCAAAUUUUAGGGAAUCAUGAAGCAUAAAGAUGGAAAACCAUUUCCCCAAGGGGAUAAAAAUUCCAGGAUUGUCCCCAUGUCAAUUAUGUUUCUGUUGCUAUGUGGAUUUUCAUUUUAUCUUGGUGGAAUCUUUUGUUCUGAAAAGAGCAGGUUUGACACCAACAAUGUUGCAAGGGAUGUCCAAUCCCCAAAAGGAUCAGUAGUUACUCCUCUUCAAGUUAAACCCAUUGUAUUUCCCGAAUGCAGCAGUGACUAUCAAGACUACACUCCAUGCACGGAUCCCAGGAGGUGGAGGAAGUAUGGUCUUCAGCGGCUUAGAUUCAUGGAACGUCACUGUCCUCCAGUAUUUGAAAGGAAGGAAUGCUUGGUUCCCCCUGAUGGGUAUAAGCCGCCUAUUAAGUGGCCAAAGAGCAGGGAUCAAUGUUGGUACAGGAAUGUACCAUAUAAUUGGAUUAACAAGCAGAAAUCAAAUCAGAAUUGGCUUAGGAAAGAAGGGGAGAAGUUCCUCUUUCCUGGUGGGGGUACCAUGUUCCCUAGAGGUGUUGGUGCAUAUGUUGAUCUGAUGCAAGAUCUGAUCCCAGAAAUGAAAGAUGGUACUGUUCGAACUGCCAUUGACACUGGGUGCGGGGUUGCAAGCUGGGGUGGUGAUUUGUUAGAUCGUGGUAUUCUAACAGUUUCCCUUGCCCCAAGAGAUAAUCAUGAAGCUCAAGUCCAGUUUGCACUGGAACGUGGAAUUCCAGCAAUCCUUGGCAUCAUUUCCACACAACGCCUUCCUUUCCCUUCAAAGUCAUUUGAUAUGGCUCAUUGCUCAAGAUGCCUUAUCCCAUGGACAGAGUUUGGUGGAAUGUACCUCCUUGAAAUACACCGCAUACUUCGUCCUGGAGGCUUCUGGGUUUUGUCUGGCCCACCAGUUAACUAUGAAAACCGAUGGCGAGGAUGGAACACAACCGUGGAAGAGCAGAGAUCAGAUUACGAAAAGUUGCAGGACCUGCUAACUUCUAUGUGCUUCAAACUGUACAAGAAAAAAGAUGACAUUGCUGUUUGGCAGAAAUCUUCAGACAAUAGUUGCUACAAUCAGCUGGAUAAUCCAGAUGCCUAUCCACCUAAAUGUGAUGAUAGCCUUGAGCCAGAUUCAGCAUGGUAUACCCCACUUCGUCCUUGCGUUGUUGUUCCAAACCCAAACCUUAAGAAAUCUGCAUUGGCAUCCAUCCCUAAAUGGCCUGAGCGGUUGCAUGUUGCACCUGAGCGGGUUUCAGAUGUUCCCGGUGGGAGUGCUAGUACCUUCAAGCAUGAUGACAGUAAGUGGAAGGUACGAGUGAAGCACUACAAAAAGUUGCUCCCUGGAAUUGGGACUGACAAGAUAAGAAAUGUAAUGGACAUGAAUACCGUUUAUGGGGGAUUUGCUGCAGCUUUAGUUGAUGAUCCCGUGUGGGUUAUGAAUGUUGUCUCAUCCUAUGCUGCCAAUACACUUGCCGUGAUCUUUGAUCGGGGUCUCAUUGGAACUUACCAUGAUUGGUGUGAAGCAUUCUCAACAUAUCCUAGAACAUAUGAUCUCCUUCACCUUGAUAGCCUCUUUACUGAUGAAAGCCACAGAUGUGACAUGAAAUAUGUACUCCUGGAGAUGGACCGGAUACUGCGACCCAACGGGUAUGCAAUAAUUCGGGAAUCCAGUUUUUUUGUAGAUGCUGUUGCCACCAUUGCCAAGGGGAUGAGAUGGGGUUGCCGUAAAGAAGACACGGAGUAUGGUAUCGAGAAGGAGAAGAUAUUGAUUUGCCAGAAAAAACUCUGGUACUCCUCUAAUGGGAGUUCAAGAUGAUGAAAACAAUAGCAACCCAAGUCAUUAUGAGAAUCUCUUGGAGUGUCAAAGUACAAAUAUGAUUUCGAGAAUAGAAGCAAAAAGAGAAGCAAUUUCAGCCGCCAGCUCAUAGAGAUAUUAGUUUCAGUCUAAAGAAGCAAAAAAUCUUUGAAUUCAUAUUUUUCAACUGAAAAUUAAUCACCAAAUAAUAUGAUUUUAUUAAUUUACAGGGCCUUUUCAUAUAGAUAUAUUCUUUAAGGCAUCAACAUGUACCUUGUAUUAUUCCCUUUAUUAUUAUUAUUAUAUAUAGUGUUUAUUUCCUCCCAAUGUAUUGUUGUCUCUAUGUGCUGUAAGCCCAGUUAACCAAAUCGAAAAUAUGCAAGUGGUUGAUACUCUC